UUUCUCUGGUCGGGGCUCCGUCGGUUUAAAUGUUGCUUUUUCCGAUUAACGAAAUUUAACCACUUGUAUUUCAAAUAGCAUGUGAGGGCGGCACAGUUCCCCACUACGAAUAACCUGUAACGUCGGAGGUGUAUUUUUUAGUUUCUCCGCCCCCUCCGGAAAAGUAAAACCCAAUCGUCAUUAUUUUUAUUUUUUAAGGUGACGUGGAGUCGGACCCCUUCUUCUACACUAUCUCAUGUGUCAAUAAAAGUACAGUAUGUACCCGAAUAUGAGCGCAAUUGGUGAAUAAUACGCUGGUAGCCUGCAUGGAGGAUUUCCACGAUGUUAAGUCGUAAGUGUUUAAGGUUACAGUGAGCUUCAGUGUAGAUAUUUACCGGAGCGCAGAGGAGACCGUCGGGGCCUGGGAGUCCGGGGAAUUCGGCUGCACAGACAGGUUUCGUGGGAUCUGCAGCAUCGGGACACUUGUGACACAACUUGAACCGGUAGUGGGUUAUGCAGCGCGGAAUAGGACACCUGCCAGGAGGCUGCCAGAGGACGAUGGGCCUGCACUGCGUCUUGUUUCUGUGCUUGUUCUCAGGCUGGGCAGUGGGUUACAAGCAGGGGGACAACGUGACUCUCUAUGUCAACAAAGUGGGGCCUUAUCAUAACCCUCAGGAGACAUAUCACUAUUACACCCUGCCUGUUUGCAGGCCAGACAAGGUGCAUCACAAGUCCCUGAGUCUGGGAGAAGUGUUGGAUGGUGACAGGAUGGCAGAAUCGUUAUAUCUCAUCCGAUUCAGAGAAAACAUUGAGAAAAGGAGUGUUUGCCAGCUCACUCUUUCAGAGAAACAGGUGGACCAGCUCCGUGAGGCCAUCGAGGAGCUGUUCUACUUUGAAUUUGUCCUGGAUGACAUUCCCAUCUGGGGGUUUGUGGGAUACAUAGAGGAGAGCGGUUUCCUGCCUCACAGCCACAAGGUGGGCUUAUGGACUCACUUAGACUUCAACAUCGAGUACAAUGGCGACUCAGUGAUUUUUGCAAAUGUCUCCGUCAAAGAUGUCAAACCUGUUCCUCUCGAGGAGGGGGCAGGCGCAGUGGUGGGUGGAGUUGGAGUGGGUGGCGGCAGCCUAACAGUAACUCACACAUACAGUGUGCGCUGGUUUGAGUCCCCUCUAACUCACGCCAGGAGAGCCGAGCGCCUCCGAGACUACUCCUUCUUCCCCAAAACACUGGAGAUCCACUGGCUGUCCAUCAUCAACUCGCUGGUGCUGGUGGUGCUACUGCUUGGCUUCGUCAUCAUCAUUCUCAUGCGUGUCCUCAAGAAUGACUUUGCCAGGUACAAUGUAGAGGAGGAUGGGGGAUGUGACGAUCUCGACCAGGGCGACAACGGCUGGAAGAUCAUACACACCGACGUCUUCAGGUUUCCUCCUUACAAAAGCCUGCUGUGUGCCGUGCUGGGAGUUGGGGCUCAGUUUCUUACCCUGGCCACAGGAAUAAUCUUCAUGGCAUUGCUGGGAAUGUUCAAUGUGCACCGACAUGGUGCCAUCAACUCUGCAGCCAUCGUCCUGUAUGCUCUGACCAGCUGUGUGUCAGGCUACGUGUCAUGCAGCUUCUACACACAGAUCAACGGCCAGCGCUGGGUGUGGAACAUCAUCCUCACAUCGUCACUCUUCUCUGCUCCACUGUUCCUGACAUGGAGUGUAGUCAACUCCAUCCACUGGUGGAGCGGCUCCACUCAGGCUCUGCCAGCCACCACCGUGUUCCUUCUGCUGGGUGCCUGGGUGCUAGUGGGCUUCCCACUCACCGUCAUCGGCGGCAUCGUGGGAAAGAACAGGGCCGGCAGUUUCCAGGCGCCCUGCCGCACUCGCAACAUCCCCCGACAGAUCCCCACACAGCCUUGGUACAAACACACGGCUGUGCACAUGGCAAUCGGCGGCUUUCUACCAUUCAGUGCCAUCUCAGUGGAGCUUUACUACAUCUUUGCCACCGUUUGGGGCAGGGAGCACUACACCCUCUACGGCAUCCUGCUGUGUGUCUUUGCCAUCCUACUCUCAGUUGGCGCCUGCAUCUCUGUCGCUCUCACUUACUUCCUUCUGUCGGGCGAGGACUACAGGUGGUGGUGGCGGAGCGUGCUCAGCACCGGCUCCACCGGCCUCUUCAUCUUCGUGUACUCCGUUUUCUACUAUCGGAACCGGUCCUCUAUGAGCGGCUUAGUGCAGAGCACGGAGUUCUUUGGCUAUUCUCUACUUACAGCAAUGGUCUUCUCACUGAUGCUGGGCAGUGUGUCCUUCUGGUCCUCACUGGCAUUUAUCCGCUACAUCUAUCGUAGCCUCAAGAUGGACUAGACGUGAAAUGUGCAGACUGGAUGUAAACAAACUUAUCCUGAUCGCACACAUGGACAAUCUGCAUACUCUCCUCUUGCUCUUUAAAACACACACUUACUCUUGGGGUACUGGGGGCACAAGCAGGGGCCUUUAACAUGAUUCAAGUCGUGCUGUCGUUGGAAUAAGGGAUAAAUGGCUGGAUGACGAAAGAGGAGUAAUCUUAGGGGGACCAUGUAUUAAAGGAUAAAUCGUUAUAUUUCAGUUCAAAUGGAUUACUGUGUCCUAUCAAGAGUGAAUGGGUUAACUGUUACGAAUGCAUAGCUCUCAUUGCUGUAGAUUGAAGUGUGCCAUUACCUGCGAAAUUUCCUACUUUAUGGUUUAUUUGGGCUUGUCAGGAUCUACACAUCCUGUAAAUCCCACAUUACAUUGUUUCUCUUUUGGACAAAUGAUUUAGUAGUUUUGAUUUAUUAAAGCAGCAGUGCAGAAGUAAACCUUGCAGUUGUAUUCCCAGAAACUCUAGACUUAAGACUUUUCAAAUGUAAUAAAGACUUUGCACUGGCCUAGUCUUGCACCUUGUUCAGCAGCGAGAUGAUGCCUUGUAGAUUGAACAGAUGUUCAAAAUAUUGGUGAUGGGCACAGUGUUGUCAUUGUAUUUUAUGGUCACCAUUUACUGUGAUUUUGGUUCUGAUGUAAAUAUAGUCUUUUCAAUAAAAGCUUUUUAAUAACC